ACUUUAACCAGGAAGUUUACAACAGCGCUCCAUGUUUACACAUGUCUGCACGCUCACGUGGAGACCUUUUUCACUAUUACAAUGUCUUCAAAGAAAAAUAAAAGCAAAUCGAAAAGAGCGAGUGAAGGAGACAGUUCCCUCUUAUCGAGGGAGGGGUCACAUGACUCCUCCAGCCUGCAGACGUCUGGCCACGACGGAGGUUUAAACUGCAGCUCAUUCACUGUCAUCGACUUCAUUGAUAAAGCUGAUGACAAAACGCCCAAAAGCUGCAGAUCAACUUUAGUGCAACUGAGCCUCAAUUCAAUGAAGUCCGCUGGCGUUUGCAUCGGGAGACCCGUGCUGCUGACGAGUCCCACAGGACAGCAAGAGGUGUGUCUCGGAUGGCCGGUUGCCUCCUUUCCUGCUGGAAAAGUUGGUCUUCAGAAAUGUGCUCAGAAUAACCUCAGAGUGAAGUCGGGGCACGAGGUGACGCUGCAGCCUCUGACAGGCCCCGUGCUUCAGGCUGAAGAGGUGGUUCUCUCCAACAGGUCAAAAGAUGACGCACUCGAGACGGAUGAGUUCAAGAACUUCUUUCGGAGGUCUCUGAUUGGGAACAUCUUUUUGCCAGGAAACGUCAUCCCCCUGACUUACUUUGGUCGGUCAUGCAGUCUCCGGGUGGAGAACAUACGAGGAGAGGAUGGAGUCACCCUCCAUAGACCGGUUCCUCCCCAGGGACUGAGCCCUGACGCAGAAGAGUCCUCCAUGCUGGACUCCACGUCAGCCGACCUCUCCCUGCAGCUCAGCUUGCUCACUGUGGAUGACAACAGCGCUGACGGGGCACCGAGCACGCCUGGAGAGCCGGGUCCUGCAGCCAGCACCCCACGCCGACCAGCCCACCUCCCUUCUCUCUCCUCGCCCCCCGCUCCUUGCACCCCGUCCUACAACUCCCAUGAUCCGUCUGCAGACUCGGCAGAGGAGGCCGUCAGUAUGGAGAAGUCACAUAGCUCAGAGCAGGCAGAGAAAGUCCCCACAGCUCCCCCUGGUGGUGCACUGAGUACCGACACCUUCUACUCCCUCUCCUGCUCCACUAAAGUCAGUUUCAGAGACACGGCACGGCCGGAGGAUCCAGAUGCAGAAGCUGAAAGGUCAAAGGUCAAAUACAGCAUGAUUGGCGGGCUCAGCAGCCAGUUGGAUGUCAUCAGAGAGACUAUUGAGCUUCCUCUGAAACACCCAGAGCUGUUCUCCACCUAUGGGAUCCCACCUCCCCGAGGAGUGCUACUGUAUGGACCCCCGGGCACAGGAAAGACUAUGAUUGGACGGGCCAUAGCCAAUGAGGUUGGAGCUCACAUGACGGUGAUCAACGGCCCCGAGAUCAUGAGCAAAUUCUACGGGGAAACUGAAGCGAGGCUGAGGCAGAUAUUCUCUGAGGCGUCUCAGAGACAACCUGCAAUAAUCUUUAUUGACGAGCUCGACGCUUUGUGCCCGAAGCGAGAGGAGGCGCAGAACGAGGUGGAGAAGCGAGUCGUUGCUUCUCUCCUGACUCUGAUGGACGGGAUUGGUUCAGAGGGUCACUCCGGUCAGCUGUUGGUCCUGGGGGCCACAAACCGGCCCCACGCCCUCGACCCGGCCCUGCGUCGACCAGGACGCUUCGACAAGGAGCUCGAGGUGGGAGUUCCUAGCGCUGCAGAGCGUGCAGACAUUUUGCAGAAGCAGCUGAGCUUCGUACCGUGCAACGCCACCGGCGAGGAGGUGACGCAGCUGGCCGACACCGCUCAUGGAUACGUGGGUGCGGACCUCGCAGCUGUUUGCAAAGAAGCAGGUUUGCAUGCACUGAAGCGAGCACUGAGAGGUUCCCACCAACCGUCAGAUCAGCAGCUGAUGGGGACAGUGAACGUCACUCUGCAGGACCUCCAGUGGGCCAUGUCUGUUGUGAAGCCAAGCGCCAUGAGGGAGGUCGCUAUCGACGUCCCCAAGGUUCGCUGGUCGGACGUAGGGGGGAUGGAGGAGGUGAAGCUGAAGCUAAAGCAGGCCGUGGAGUGGCCUCUGAAGCACCCUGAGGCCUUCAUCCGCAUGGGGAUCGAGCCGCCUAAAGGAGUCCUGCUGUACGGGCCCCCGGGCUGCUCCAAGACCAUGAUAGCCAAGGCGCUGGCUAAUGAAAGUGGGCUCAACUUCCUGGCUAUUAAAGGUCCAGAAUUACUGAGCAAGUACGUUGGAGAGUCUGAAAGAGCCGUGCGAGAGGUGUUUAGGAAGGCGAGGGCCGUCGCUCCCUCCAUCGUCUUCUUUGAUGAGAUCGACGCUCUCGCCAGUGAGAGAGGAAGCUCCUCGGGCUCCUGCGGAGUAGGCGAUCGGGUCCUGGCUCAGCUCCUGACAGAGAUGGACGGCAUCGAGCAGCUUCGAGACGUCACCGUGCUAGCCGCCACCAACCGGCCCGACAUGAUCGAUAAGGCUCUGAUGCGUCCAGGUCGCCUUGACCGAAUCGUCUAUGUUCCUCUUCCAGAUGCUCCAACCCGACGGGAGAUAUUUUCUCUCCAGUUCCGCAACAUGCCUGUGGCCCAAGAUGUGUCAGUUGAUGACCUGGUGACUCGGACCAGCAAGUAUUCUGGAGCCGAGAUAACAGCAGUAUGCAGAGAGGCUGCCCUCCUGGCCCUACAAGAGGACAUCAAAGCUCAGCACAUCGAGGCCAGACACUUUGAAAGUGCCCUGAACACUGUGAAGCCCCGGAUCCCCGACUCUCUCAUCCAGUCCUACAUCAGCUAUCAGCAGCAGCGCGGCGGCAUGUGCUUCUUGUGACCAUGCUGCUCUGGAAAAGGAACUUUUUUCUGUGUAAUUCACAUAUUUUCAAAAAGAAAAUGUUUAAACUGCCCCAGUCUGAUGGACAAGUUACUAACAUAUGAUAAGAAACUGACAAAACAACCAUGAACAUGUUGUGCCAAAUAAAAAAAUCAGUUUC